CGGCCCGCUGCCGGUCUGUCUGCUGGUUGGUCCGCAGUUGUUGGGGGGCCCGCCGACCUGUCGCCGCCUUCGGGACUCUCAUGCUCGAAGGUGUCAGGGACCCGGGACCGAGCCGCGGGGGAACGAAGUCGCGGUCCUGCAUCCAGUAACAAGAGGAAGAGCCCGAGCAGACACGGGAGCCAUGGCUUCUGACGCUAGCCACGCUCUGGAAGCGGCGCUGGAGCAGAUGGACGGGAUCAUCGCAGGCACUAAAGCAGGUGCAGAUAUUAGCGAUGGUACCUGUGAGCCUGGACUGUCUCCCCCGUCCUCCUUCAUGAACCCCUUCCCAGUGCUGCGUCUCAUCGAGGACCUGAGGCUGGCCCUGGAGACGCUGGCGCUUCCUCAGGAGAAGGCGGCCCUCCUGAGCCAGAUCCCCGGCCCAACAGCUGCCUACAUGAAGGAGUGGUUUGAGGAGAGCCUGUCCCAGGUUAAUCACCACAGUGCUGCUAGUAACGAAACCUAUCAGGAACGCCUGGCACGUCUAGAAGGAGAUAAAGAGUCCCUCAUACUACAGGUGAGUGUCCUCACAGACCAAGUGGAAGCCCAGGGAGAGAAGAUCCGGGAUCUGGAAGUGUGUCUGGAAGGACACCAGGUGAAACUCAAUGCUGCCGAAGAAAUGCUCCAGCAGGAGCUGCUAAGUCGCACAUCUCUUGAGACCCAGAAGCUUGAUCUAAUGACCGAGGUGUCUGACCUGAAGCUCAAGCUGGUUGGCAUGGAGAAGGAGCAGAGAGAGCAAGAGGAGAAGCAGAGGAAAGCGGAGGAGUUACUGCAAGAGCUCAAGCACCUCAAAAUCCAAGUGGAAGAGUUGGAAAACGAACGGAAUCAGUACGAGUGGAAGCUGAAAGCCACUAAGGCUGAGGUAGCCCAGCUGCAGGAGCAGGUGGCCCUGAAAGACGCAGAAAUCGAGCGUCUGCACAGCCAGCUCUCCCGGAGUGCAGCUCUCCACGGUGACCACUCAGAGAGAGACCAAGAAAUCCAGCGUCUGAAAAUGGGGAUGGAAACGUUGCUUGUUGCCAAUGAGGAUAAGGACCGUCGGAUAGAGGAGCUCACAGGGCUGCUGGACCAGUACCGAAGGGUACAGGCUAUUGUGAAGGCAACCCAGGGGCCUGCAGACAAAACUCUCCCAAUCAGUGAAGAGGAACCGGAGGGCGGCUUCAGAACACGGACCACUACAAACAAAGGCCCCGAGGAACUACUUAAACAAGAGGCAUCUCCACGAUGCAGUUCUCCCACCACAGGGCCACCUCCCUUGCCUCAAAAGUCACUGGAGAGCAGGGCUCAGAAGAAACUCUCCUGCAGUUUAGAAGACUUGAGGAGUGAAUCUGGGGAUAAGGGUAUCAAUGGGAACCAGCUGUCCCCGGUGGCAGAGCCCAAGGACAGCUCUUUCCUGGCAGAUCAGAAAUACCCGACCUUACCUGGGAAGCUUUCGGGAGCCACACCGAACGGAGAAGCUGCCAAGUCUCCUGCCACCUCCCAGCCUGACUCCGGAGGGAGCAGUCUGCUAGGACUGAGAAACACAGAGAGCGGUUGGGAAGACGGCGCCAUGGCCAACGAGCCCUCGUCGACUUCAUCUGGUACCGAGUCAAGCCCCCAUUCUCCCCUGACGCCAGAUGGUAAACGGAGCCCCAAGGGCAUCAAGAAAUUUUGGGGAAAAAUCCGAAGAACUCAGUCAGGAAAUUUCAACACUGACACUCCAGGGAUGGCGGAAUUUCGACGAGGUGGACUCCGGGCAACUGCAGGGCCAAGGCUUUCUAGGACCAGGGAUGCCAAGGGACAGAAAUGUGACGCCAACGCCCCCUUCGCCCAGUGGACCACAGAGCGUGUGUGUGCGUGGCUGGAGGACUUUGGCCUGGCCCAGUACGUGAUCUUUGCCAGGCAGUGGGUGACGUCAGGCCACACGCUACUUACAGCUACCCCUCAGGACAUGGAAAAGGAACUGGGAAUUAAGCACCCGCUCCACAGGAAGAAGCUGGUUUUAGCAGUGAAAGCCAUCAAUACGAAGCAGGAAGAGAAGUCUGCACUGCUAGACCACAUUUGGGUGACACGGUGGCUCGAUGAUAUUGGCUUACCCCAGUACAAAGACCAGUUUCAUGAAUCCAGAGUUGAUGGGCGAAUGCUGCAAUACCUAACUGUGAAUGAUCUACUCUUCUUAAAAGUCACCAGCCAGCUGCAUCAUCUCAGCAUCAAGUGUGCCAUUCACGUGCUUCAUGUCAACAAGUUCAACCCCCACUGCCUGCACCGAAGGCCGGCCGACGAGAGUAACCUUUCUCCUUCAGAAGUUGUACAGUGGUCCAACCACAGAGUAAUGGAGUGGCUGCGAUCCGUGGACCUGGCAGAGUAUGCACCCAACCUUCGAGGGAGUGGUGUCCAUGGAGGGCUCAUUAUCUUGGAGCCACGCUUCACUGGGGACACCCUGGCCAUGCUUCUCAACAUCCCGCCCCAGAAGACCCUCCUCAGGCGCCACCUGACCACUAAAUUCAACGCCCUGAUUGGUCCUGAGGCUGAGCAGGAAAAGCGAGAUAAAAUGUCCUCUCCAGCAUACACACCACUGACCACCACAGCCAAAGUCCGGCCUAGGAAACUUGGAUUUUCACACUUUGGAAACAUGAGGAAGAAGAAGUUUGAUGAAUCAACAGACUACAUUUGCCCUAUGGAUCCCAGUGAUACUGUCAGUGACAACCACAGGGUCUACAGUGGCUACCGGGGUCUCAGUCCCCUUGACACCCCUGAACUGGAUGGGCUGGACCAGAUGGCACCUUCAGAAGGCACCGUGACGCAGAUAGGGCUCCUCUCCCAAGACAUCCACCGCCUCACGACUCUGCUGAGCCAGGACCAGCUGCUGAAUGACCCGCCUGGCUGCCCCUGACUCUGAUGACUGGAGAUGACAUUCUUCAUGGCAGAGAGCCCAGAGAGGCACGUGUGAGGCCCCGAGUGUUUGCCUCAAUGGGGACCUGGCACACAGCCAUUUGCAGAGCCCAGAUGGGGCUGGCAGAGCCCCUCCGGGCAUGGCUGCUGGCGGAAGCCAGGCCGAGGGACGGGACAGGUGUCUAGGAGGUGGUCCUGGGGUCCCUGCGUGUCGCCGGUCAUGCUCGCCCUUCAUUGCAGCUUCUUGCCUUUUUGUACUUUUAUACAUGGACUGUAGACCUGUCGUGGAGGCGGAAAUGAGGUGCAAACGCCCAGACCCAUGCUGUUCUUGGUGACGGCUGGGAGGCGCUGAGCGCAAAGGGGAGCGUGUUGUGGAGACUGUUGUGUGCCGUGUGCUGACGGAGCUGGGUGGAGUGUCUGUGAAGACACGUCGCAGGAUCCUGGCAUUCCGCUCCCAGGAAGCCUGGCCUGUGAAUGCUACGACUCUUCUCCUACCACCCUCUCGAUUCUCCAUCCACUCGCAGCUGCAGAGGGCGCGCUUCUAACAGAGGAGUCUGUAAGACAUGAGUGCCCAACCUCAGGCUCUUUCCCUUCCCAGCCUCCAUUUCAAAGUCUGAUUAAACAGC